AUGGAAGAGCAGUCGCAAGUAGAAAUUUUAUUAGAAGAGAUGCGCAAAAACAAUGGAAAGAUCGUUGCACAUCCAUACAUGUAUGUCAGUGCUCUUCAUAAUAAAUCUGCUUUUUAUCCAGUUGAUACAGAAGAUACGUUUUUUAAAGAAAAUAACAUAGAGGUAUUAGAUCUUGCAAAUGGAGAUGAACCUGAAGAGUCUAACGAAAAUACAAUGAAAUAUGUCGUUUCUUUGGACGAGGCAGGAAAUUAUCGUCAUGUUAUUGCAAAGAAAUAA